UUCUUUUCUAUUCUAAACUCCCAAACUACAGUGAAGUCGAGUGCUGAAAGUCCUGUGUGCAAUUGAUCGAUCAGUAGCUUGCAAUCUGUUUCAACCUCCAGCUGAUCCUAUCUUGCUCUCUGGCUUUUAAUGUUUCAUUCAACACAUUAGAGUCAUGCUGUGUAUUAUGAGCAUAUGAAAUGUGUGCCCAGCUAAGUUUGGGAAGAGAACAAUUAGAGAACAUCAUCGUACUCAAGUCCUUCAGUCCUCCAGUCAACUUUGUCUAGCUUUAAUCAGGGCUUUGCUGGAUGUUGUGUCUAAUAAGUUGAUGGCGGACAAAUCUAUUAGCUUGCUAAAGUUAGUAGAACAAAGAGCAUCACGGAAGGAGGAGCUGGAGGAAGAGAAGAGAAAGCGACAUGAGACCCUUAUUCCUUAUCUUCCAACAGAAUGCAUAUCAAAUAUACUUGUUCGACUUCCUCAUGAAUCUCUCCAAAGAUCUAGGUUUGUCUGUAAGACAUGGUACAGGAUUAUCAACAGCACCAUCUUCAUUGAAGCCUAUCUCCAACGUUCUGAAAGUGUCUUAGUUUUUCUACAUCCUUCAAAAAGAGAUACUUUUUUUCCUUAUAGCAGGCCUAACUUGCAAGAAAAACCGAAUGCUUUUUCUGUUGAAUCUAAGCUUUUUCAAUUGCAAUCUGUGCCUGUACGUCAGCAACCUCUUAUAGAUCCAUCCUUGUUACUUCACAUCAAGUUCAUGGAAAUUGAGAAUGGCAAGAUGAAGAUAGAAGAGUAUAAUACCACUUGUCUGGGAACAAUUAGAGGAGCUGGCGGUGGUCUAAUUGUACUUGAUGACAAGAUGAAAAAUGGUGGAUUAAUAGUUAUGAAUCCUGUUACUAAGGAAUUGACUGCACUUCCCUCGGGUAGUUUAUGUUCUCCUCAUAAUGAAUCAUAUGGACUUGCAUUUUGCCAGACUACCAGGAAUUUCAAACUGGUUCACUUGUUUCAGGGCGAGAUGCAAUUUGUUAGCUGUGAAAUCCUUGAUCUUGGAGCUAAAUCAUGGAGAAUAGUCGAUGGACCUGCAUUCAGAGCUUUCCGCUGGUUUGUAUAUGAUCCAGUUUUUGCAAUUGGGGCCAUACAUUGGGUUCCAAAAACUAUGCAUAGUAAGUACAUAGUGUAUAUGACAGUGGAUGAUGAGAAGUUUCAUCGUAUACCUCUCCCGAGAAGAAGUAAACUUCACGAUAGGAUUAUGGAAAUGCAUGGGGGUCUUGGAUUUGUGACUCGUAAAAAGUUGUGCCGAAUUGAUGUGUGGAUCUUGAGGAAUUUAUGUGGUGAUGGUUGGACAAAGCAAUAUAGCAUCACAGUGGAUUGCAACAGUCAUCUGAUCCCUCUUUACUCUUCAAGGAUUUGUGGCGAAAUGAUUUUUGAGGAUAAAGAUGGCUCUUUAUAUGCUUAUGACUGCUCUUUGCAAAAUAUGAGAAAAGUAGAAAUGCAGGAGGGAAGUUUUCCAGUUGUUGGCCACUAUUUUGCACAUGUUAAUAGCCUUCUCUCAUGGAAGAUCCAGGGUAACGUGAUUGACUAGCAUAUUCCCUGUUAUUAGUCUGGUGUCUGCAUCCAGAAAACAUUUUUAAUGGAGAAGUUGUCCUGCAGAGUUGAGUGUCGACUUUGCUUUCUUCCUCUAAAGCAUGUAAAUUUUAGAUAUAUAUAUCUAAACAUCUAUCUGCUUCAGGUUAUUUCUCCCUUUGCUUGUAUAUAAUUAGCCAAAACAAUACUGAUGUAUAUAUAUCCUCUUCAACUUUUUUGGCGCA